AUUAAUUCGGAUUGGGAGUAGGCUCUGGAAUCCAAAAGCCCUAAAACCCUUUCUCCUCUCUGAUCGGAAACACUAUACUUCAAGACAUGCCGCUUCUCCAUGGCUCUCCUCACCGCCUCCCCUCUCUUCCCCUAUUCCGACUUUCCUCGCCCCCAAUCAAUUACGACAACAUUUUCUUCUUCACCAAAAACCAGAAUGCACGACGCUUCUCCUCUUGCCGCUUGCAGAUCCGCGCCCUACCCAUUAUCGACCAGGAGCUCCUCCAUAUCCUCAGCGAAUUCGACGACUCAACUGGCAAAGCGAGGACUCACCUCCCUGCCGUCCGUUCCUACGAGACGGACCUUGCCUGCCUCACCCUCAUAGGAUCUGUCAGCUUCGACCAGGCCCUCAUCGCCGCCGCCGCCGAUGGCGGCGACGCUGCGGAUGAGCACCUCGCUGCGGGAACUUCCACCAUGGUCAUCGAGACUGUGUUUCCCAGCGGUUCCGAUGAGCACAGCACCGUAUCCACUCGGCUGUUUUUACCUGCAGAAAUGGUGAAAGAGAAGGCAAGGAAACUAAGAAGUAGCCUCGCUAGAAAUAUCCUUUACAGUAAGGAUGCUGUUUCCAAGAAUAUCCUUGCGAUGACAUUUAGACAAGUUGUGUUGCAGCAGUUGUGGAGCUUCCAGCUCACCUUGUUCUGUCCAGGCACAGAGAGAAACAUGGAAGACCUUGAAAACACAAGAGAGGCCCAGGCUGGUAUUGUUGUGAAUUCAUCUAAUGAGAAGUUCAUUUCAUCUUUAGCUGAGGUUGUCUCUUGCUUUGCUCUAAAAAGUGUGAAAAGUAAUUACGUUCGAGAUGCAGGUGGUUUGCAUUCAAAAUAUACAUUUCAUUGGUUUCAGAAGCCCCCAAAGAACUCAAUCGAUUCACCCAUUUCUAUAUGUAGAAUUUCUGAAAGUGAGGUAGCAAAAGAAGCAAGGAAUCAAGUUGAAAUGUAUAAAUUAAUGAAAGGGAAAUUUGUAAACAGGUCUAAGAAGUUGAAAUAUACUUGGUGGCUGCCACCUGAUUAUUCAAGUUUGGAUUCAAUUGGAGGUCCGGGAUUUGGUUCUUGGACUUGUGAAUUCAUUCCUGCAUAUAGGCUGCAAAUUGAUACCAAUUCUUUUGAGGAUGUGAGGCUUGAAGGAUGCCACAAUUUGGCGGACAAUAAGUGGGAGGUUCUCUUAACCCACUAUCAGAUGGUUGAACUGGCAAACAUUCUUGACAUGUUUUAUGAAGAUCGCUAUACAAUGCCAAACAAAAGGCUUUUAUGCGACUUUUUUACGGAAGCCCCAGCCAAUUUAAAGAGUAAGAGUACACCGUGGAAUCUAUUAUUUGCUGUGUUUGCUGGUGGAUGCGCCAUUAUGAUUUUCAGUAUUGUUACUCAGCUUUGUUGGCCAAAACACGCAAGAAAAGUUUUAGAAUUGAAAAAUGUUCCUUCAUUAUCAGAAGCAAAUUGCAGCCGUCUUAAUUCUCUUGAGAGUAGUAAGCUUGAAGCUUUAUGCAUCGAAAUCAUCAAGAAGAUAAAAGGAGAACUUGGUUGGCCUGAGGAUAUAAUUGUUGACCAGAAUAUAGGUGUCUGGAUUGGGGCACUUCCAAGUUACUUGAGAAACAAGGGCCUUGUGGUGGAUACCAUUUCCAGUGAAGUUCCUUCUUCAAUUUCUGGUGGAGAGAGUCUAGCAGAGCUUCUCCCAAGUGUGGAUUAUCCUUCAGCAGCUAGCGACAUUGAGUUGCAGAAAACUGCUCCAGAUGUUGCUAGAUAUCAGGCAGUCUUGACUACAGAUGGAAAAUUAAUUGGAUUCCAACCCACAAGUAGAGUAGCUGUGAAUCACUGGUCAUCCAAUCCCUUGGCAAAGUCUUUAUAUGGUGCUCAAAAACUUUCACCUGGCCUAAUUGAGCCAAGGCUCAACAUUCCACCUCCUCCUGAUGCAAUUCCAAUUGAGUUAUUGAUGUCCAUCAAUCCAGAAUCACGAUUUGCAUUGGCAAGGCCAAUGCAAUGAACUUGCAAGUUACAUUGGCAUUCAGGAUUAAGAACAAAAUAAGAUAAAUAUUAUAAAGUAUCAAUUCCAUUUAAUCCAGAAUUCAGAUUUGCAUGACAAAGUUUUACUUGCACCAGCCUUAUUGCAGAUAGCUCAGAAAGAAGAAAAAGGAGCUCCAUUCUCUGCAGAUUUUACGACUUCAUUUGCAUGGAAGAUUGAAGAGAUUUCAUGAUCGACAAAAACAGUAUAAGAACUAUUAAUUAUCGUAUGUUGCUCUUGUUCGAAGAAUCAAGGAUGUUAAACUAUCUUAAUGGAAGUGAUAGUGAUCCACAGGUUUGUACUUUGUGCUCAAAUAGAGUAUUAGAACUGGGCUGCUUUUAUAGCGCCUCUAUUGCCUGAUUUUACUUUAAAAUAGAGUGCCAUUCCAACAGUUCAGGCUUUUUACCGUUCUACUGCUUCAAUUUGUAAUUUAUCUGAAAACAGACUUUGAGUAUAAACUUGCAGGUAGCUAUUAGCUGGAAUCUUCUUAUUGUAUAUUAAUUUCUUAGUUUGUUAAUGGUAAGAUUGUUGUAAGUUUAAAAGAGUUAACACACUUUAGCAUAAGAUCUAUGAUCUUUGUAAUAGAUUGGUAGGACAUUUUGGGCAUUUUACU